AUGGAUGCUGAAUUGCUUGCAAACAUGGACCGAUGUCCCGUGUAUGCCUCCUUCUUUGGCGCCAUUGGCUGCGCGUGUUCUAUUGUCUUCACAACAUUCGGUGCAGCAUACGGCACCGCAAAGUCCGCCGGCGCAAUCUUCCAAUCUGGCAUCCUCCGUCCCGACAUGAUGAUGCAAAACACCUUGUGUGCCAUCAUGGCCCAGAUCCUGUCUAUCUACGGUCUCGUAGCAAGUGUCAUCAUGUCAAACAACAUCAAAGAAAAGAUGGCUAUCCACACGGCGUUCUUGCAGCUCGGUGCUGGCAUUUCCGUAGGAUUAUGCGGCAUGGCUGCUGGCUUUGCUAUUGGCAUUGUUGGUGAUGCCGGAGUUCGUGCAAGUUCGCAGCAGCCACGUCUCUAUAUCGGAAUGGUCCUCAUCCUCAUCUUUGCCGAGGUUCUAGGCUUAUACGGUGUCAUUGUGUCCAUCCUUAUGCUAACUCGUUCCACCGAUCGUGUAACCGAAUGCAGGUAUUGA